AUGCCGUCUUCCGCAGCUCCCCGACGGCCGGGCCCCGCGGCCGACGACGAGGAUCCGGCUUCCUCGUCCGCCAACUCCUCCGGCGCCGAAUCCGAGUCCGACUACCUCGACAGCCCCGGCUCCCGCAAGAGACGGAGGACCGAGCCGCCAGCUGCCGAAAUCAUCGAUGAAGACGACGAUGAUGACGAGGAAGAGCUCAAGGCUGUUGUUUCUACCAUCCAGGCCCCUUCGCGAUUCAAGCGCGCCGCCGUCCCCGAACAAGCACCAAAGACCGUCCUUCCCGCGCCGUCGCAAAACGCAAUCACUGCGCCGACAGACCCCAACACAUCAUUCUCGUCCCUCAACGUGCGCCCAUGGCUGGUCCAAUCGUUGGCCAACAUGGCCAUCAAGCGGCCGACGGGCAUUCAGAAGGGCUGUAUACCAGAGAUCUUGAAGGGCAGGGACUGUAUCGGUGGCAGCAGGACAGGUUCCGGUAAAACGGUCGCGUUCGCCGUGCCUAUCCUCCAGAAAUGGGCAGAGGAUCCCACAGCCAUCUUCGCCGUCGUCUUGACGCCGACGCGCGAGCUUGCGCUGCAGAUCUUUGAGCAGUUCAAGGCCAUCUCUGCGCCGCAGAGCUUGAAGGCCAUCCUCAUUACGGGUGGCUCAGACAUGCGCCCUCAAGCGAUUGCUCUGGCGCAGCGACCCCACGUCGUCAUCGCGACCCCCGGCCGUCUCGCCGACCACAUCAGGACAUCGGGAGAGGACACCAUCUGCGGUCUACGGCGCGUCAAGUACGUUGUGCUCGACGAAGCGGACCGCCUCCUCGACGCCACCGGUCCCGGCAGCAUGAUCCCCGACGUCGAGGAGUGCCUGUCCGUCCUACCGCCCUCGUCGCAGCGCCAGACCCUCCUCUUCACCGCCACCAUCACCCCCGAAGUCCGCGCCCUGAAGGACAUGCCCAUCAAGCCCGGCAAGCAGCCCGUCUUCGUCUGCGAGGUCGACACCCAGUCCCUCGCCAUCCCCGCGACCCUCUCGCAGAUGCACCUGCAGGUCCCCGUCACCCACCGCGAGCACUACCUGCACACCUUCCUCCUCACGGACGGCAACGCCGACAAGUCCAUCAUCAUCUUCUGCAACCGCACCUCCACGGCCGACUACCUCCACCACCUCCUCCGCCUGCUCGAGCACCGCGUGACGUCGCUGCACUCCGGCCUGCCCCAGCGCCAGCGCGUCGACAACCUCGGCCGCUUCCGCGCCGCCGCCGCCCGCAUCCUCGUCGCCACCGACGUCGCCUCCCGCGGUCUCGACAUCCCCGAGGUCGCGCUCGUCAUCAACUACGACAUCCCCCGCAACCCGGACGACUACAUCCACCGCGUCGGUCGUACGGCGCGUGCGGGCCGCAAGGGCGAGGCCGUCACCUUUGUCGGCCAGCGCGACGUCGAGCUGGUGCUGGCGAUCGAGGGCCGCGUCGGGCGGCAGAUGGAGGCGUGGAAGGAGGAGGGCGUCAACCUGGAGACCCGCGUGCUGCGCGACGCGCUCAAGGUUGUGAGCGAGAAGAAGCGGGAGGCGUUGUUGGAGCUGGAGGAGGGGAGGGAGGUGGGCGGAAAGAGGAAGAGGGCGAAGCAGAAGCUCAGGGCGUAG